AUAUUGUCACGGGUGUUAAAUCCGAGACAACCCUUCUUCCUGGUUUGCAAGCUGGCCAAUUUAGUCUCGUCAAACAGAUGAACAUUAUCUACAUUUUGUUUUAAGCUGUUGUCUAGUGACAUUUAUUUGGAUACAUACAUAACAAUGAGCUAAUGAGGCGCGAUUUCGCCCUGGCACAGAACAUGUGCUCUCUGUUCAGAGCAGCUAGCCGACAACACAGCGACAGUAACACGCGAGUUAUGGCCAGCCUGUCCAACUACGCCGUACGUAUGGCACGUCUCAGUGCACGUAUCUUUGGGGAUGUGGCGCGUCCUACGGACAACAAGUCCAUGAAGGUGGUCCAGCUGUUCAAGGAGCCGCCCAUGGCCCAGAAAAAGGAGGUGUACGACUGGUACCCUCAACACAAGAUCUACUAUGCCCUUACGCAGAAGCUACGAUACAUGGGACUCUUCAGAGAUGAACACGAGGACUUCAAGGAGGAGAUGCGUCGGCUGAGGAAACUGAGAGGCAAAGGGAAACCCAAGAAGGGUGAGGGAAAGAGAGCCACCAAGAAGAAAUGAGCACUUCCUGUCCUAUAGGACCUGUGGAUAAACCCAGUCUGUGGAUAAACCCAGCCUUGCCCUCUCAUAUAGGACCUGUGGAUAAACCCAGCCUUGCCCUGUCCUAUAGGACCUGUGGAUAAACCCAGCCUUGCCCUGUCAUAUAGGACCUGUGGAUAAACCCAGCCCUGCCCUCUCAUAUAGGACCUGUGGAUAAACCCAGCCUGUGGAUAAACCCAGCCCUGCCCUCUCAUAUAGGACCUGUGGAUAAACCCAGCCUUGCCCUGUCAUAUAGGACCUGUGGAUAAACCCAGCCCUGCCCUGUCAUAUAGGACCUGUGGAUAAACCCAGCCCUUCCCUGUCAUAUAGGACCUGUGGAUAAACCCAGCCUUGCCCUCUCAUAUAGAACCUGUGGAUAAACCCAGCCUUGCCCUCUCAUAUAGGACCUGUGGAUAAACCCAGCCUUGCCCUCUCAUAUAGAACCUGUGGAUAAACCCAGCCUUGCCCUCUCAUAUAGGACCUGUGGAUAAACCCAGCCCUACCCUCUCAUAUAGGACCUGUGGGGGAAUCACAACAGUCCUCGUUUGCUUCGGGACACCAGAGGAAUGGCCUCCCUAACUGUGUUCACAACGGUAACAUGUGACCCCACUCAGGAUAUUCAUAAUGAAUGGAUCCUUGGAACAGCUGAUGAUGUGUGUUGAGAGAAUCCUUUCAUGACCCCCAUCACAGAAGAUCCUGUCUGACAAGUGACCAGUCUUUGACCACUGUGUGUUUGGUACAUAAAGCAUUUCUGUUCAUUGCUUUACAAGAUGUUUCACUUGUGUCCACGUUGUUAUCAGCUUUCUGUUCUCAUAGUCUCUGUACAGUGAAAGGGUGAAGGAGAUCUGGAGGGCAUCGGUACAUAGAACUGUGAUGCUGGUAUGUUCCUAUUGACUUGAGACAAAGCUGGUGUUUCACAUCUGUUCUGAGUAACACCGGGUGUCAUGAAUAAAAUACUGAAAACAAAUCUGCUGAAA